AUGGAUAAUAAGCACAAGUACCGAGUUGAAAUCCAACAAAUGAUGUUUGUCUCAGGUGAGACAAAUGAUCCACCCAUCGAGACAACUUCAUUGAUAGAGGAUAUUGUUAGAGGGCAAGUAAUUGAGAUAUUGUUACAAGCAAACAGAACAGCACAUUCUAGAGGGAGUAAGAGUAUACUUCCGGAGGAUGUGAUUUUUUUAAUUAGACAUGACAAAGCCAAAGUCAAUAGACUAAGAACAUAUCUAUCAUGGAAGGAUCUAAGAAAGAAUGCUAAGGAUCAAGAUGCUACUGCUGGCGCUACUGCUACAGUGGGAAGUGGAAAUACAGGGGAUGAUGAAGAAAUGAAAAAAAGCUCAGAAAAAGAUGAAAAGGAUGGUAGUAAUAUGAUGAAAGUAAAGAAGUCUCAAAUAAAAUUACCAUGGGAGUUACAGUUCAUGUUUAGCGAGCAACCUUUGGAGAAUAACGAUGAUGAAAAUGAUCUGGAUGAGGAUGAAAGAGAUGCCAACAUUGCUACAGUGAAGAGGCUUAAGAUGGCCGAUGAUAGAACAAAAAAUAUGACCAAAGAAGAAUAUGUUCAUUGGUCUGAUUGUCGACAAGCAAGUUUUACAUUUCGUAAAAACAAGCGAUUUAAAGAUUGGUCAGGUAUAUCACAAUUGACUGAAGGGAAACCCCAUGAUGAUGUGAUUGAUAUCUUGGGGUUUUUGACAUUUGAAAUCGUCUGUGCAUUAACAGAAAUGGCUAUAAAAAUCAAGAAACGAGAGCAAUUUCUUAGAACAGAAAAGGCCAAGGACCAACAAUCGUCCAGUCAAGAUGUUAACUUCGAAGUGGCGACAGUGCACAGAAAGAAAAGAUUAUUUGAUGGCCCAGAUACAGUUGUGAAUCCAUUAAAACAAAAACACAUAGAAGAAGCAUGGCGUGUUCUCCAAGGCAUUGAUAUGAGACAUCGUGCAUUAACGAAUUACAGAGGAGGUAAACUAACGACGCGACCAGUGAUUCUUUAA